AAUGACCCCAGUACAUAACCAAGAAACUAUUUCGUAUAAGAAUUAACGCAUUUUCCUUGUUGUCUUCGAAGGUCACUAAAUGAUCUAUAUAAAGUAGGGUGUAUCUAGGAAUAAAUCAUAGUUUGUUUAGUCUUUUAACUUAUUAGAUUAACUAACAUGAAGUUCUUGGUGGUAGCAACAUUGGCCUUCGCCGCCUCAGUCCAUGGUGGUGGCAUCAUCCUGAAAGGACCCUCAGGUGUAAUCACCCCUCAUGGUCCCAUUGGUCCCGACGGUAGAGGAGCUGGAAACGCCGGUGGAUGGAACGGCGGCUGGAAUGGAGCCGGAGCUGGAUGGGGAGGUCAUGGUGACGGAAUCAUCCUGAAAGGACCCUCUGGUGCCAUCACCAAAAACGGACCAAUCGGCCCUGACGCUCUUGGUCUUGGCGCAUGGAACAACGGAGGAUGGGGUGGUGAUGACGGUCAAUGGCACGGACAUGGUGCCUGGAAUAACGGAGGAUGGGGCGGAGAUGAUGGUCAAUGGCACGGUGAUAACGGAGCCUGGAACGGUGGAUGGGGUGGUGAUGAUGACGGUCAAUGGCACGGUGACAAUGGUGCCUGGAACGGUGGAUGGGGUGGUGAUGAUGGUCAAUGGCAUGGUGAAGGAGGUUAUGUACAGAGGCCAUCAGUUCCAUCUAGAUGGAAUCUUCCUCCUAUAACCCGGUUGGUAGCUCCUCGUCAAUACACUUCCAGAAAUGUGCCAGAUGAUUUGAGAGUGAGAUCGUUUCAAGGAUUGGUCAGCAGAGGAAGAUCUGGAAACAAUAGGAUUCUGGAAAGAUCCAGAUUUUCAAAUAGAUUACAAGCCAUUCAGGGGUAUCGAGGAUAUGAAACAUUACCUAUAAAUUUACCACCUAUUACCAAAAUUUGGUAAUAGUAAUGGUUUUUGGUGUAUGAGUGAAUAAUAGUCCUAGUCCUAUUACUAGUCAUUUCAUAGCAAAUUAUUAUUGAAUAUAAGAUUAUUGAUAAAAUA